AUGACGCGUACAAACAUUUAUAACAAUGACAAGCAGAAAGAAAGGUCAUCAGAUAUAUUUAUAUUUUAUACGGUUUACGUUUUACGUACGAAUGUCCUCGCCGAUUUCUACGUUAUAGCAACAGUUGUUAAAAAUAUUUGUAGAUCAUUCAAAAUCAGAAGUACUGAUACCGAACUUAAGAGUUGUGAUGAGUCCCUACUUAAACGAAAGGGAAAAUUUUCAAAAACAGACAUAAAUGGUUUAAUAACCCAGGAAAACAAAGAACAGUUAAAAACGUGUCUAACCAUAAUGGGUAAAAACCGAUUAGAAAAACAUAUUGCUACUGCUCUAUGGAAAGAUCUAGUAAAGGUGCACAAAACUGUUGAUAAUGUACCAGAAGAGGAUCUUCAACUGCUUGGAUGGAUAGCGUCUGGUAUACCUGCACUAGAUUUUUUAAAUAUAUCUUUAACAGAUAUUGAAACAAUUGCAGCUUUUGGAAAGUAUAGAAAUUUUUCUGAAGAACAACUGAUAUUUUUAAAACAAGCAAUUGAAUAUCAAUGGAGCUAUAAAAAUCCUUCUGACUUCAGUGGUUACGAUUUAGCAGCUCUUGGACAAAUUUUGUGCGUAUUCAAUAAUACGCAAAUAGCUGAAAUCAAACCUUUAGCAUUCAAAGCUGCCGCAGCAGAUAUUUCAAAUCUGUUGUACUGUCCUGAAGAUGUAAUGAAAGAAUUAGCUAACUUAGCAAAAACCAAAGAUGCGUUUGGAGAUCCAUCAGAGUGGACAGCAAUUCAAAUAGCUUUAAUCGGAUGUGUAAUAGCAGGUCUAGAUUCGGUCCGAAAUAUUCAUCCAGAAGCCUUUGAAGGCUUAGCCGCUUCGAGUAUGCAGUGUUUACCUAGUACAACGCUUCAAUCAAUGACGAUUGAACAAUUAUCUCACUUAUCAUUAUCGUCUGUACAUGCUCUAUCAUAUGAUCAGCGUUCAUCAUUAAGUGCCGAUCAAUUAGACGCUAUUCAAAGAACAACAAACUUAUUUGGAUCGGUUUUAAAAAGUUCUUACUCAAAAAAUAGUACUACAUGGUGGUGUUUUUUUAUAAUAAUAAUUCACAUUUUAUUAUAUACAUAAUUAAAUUGAUAAAUUAUUAGUAACACAUGAUUAAGUUCAUAUAUUGUUUUUCUUAUUCCAUAUAAUUUA